AUGGGUCUGAAGGUAGAGGCAGAUAUCAAAAUAGAGGAAGAGGAAAAGGAGGACAGAUCAAAGAAGGGGCAAAAAGGAGAAGAAGCAAAUAUGGCACAGGAGGAAGGAAAUGGGUCUGAUUCAGACCAAGUACUACUGAUGGCGACAACAUGCAGUGAAGAGGAUAACAUGUCUUGGUACUUGGAUACAGGGUGCUCUAAUCAUAUGACUAGAAACAGGAAUUGGUUGAUUGACCUUAAUCCAUGUAUGAGAAACAAUGUUAAAUUUGCAGAUAAUAGCUCCAUUGUGGCAGAAGGAAUUGGAAAGGUGAUGAUCACAAGGAAGGAUGGCAAGGUGGCCUACAUGAAUGAUGUUCUAUACAUUCCAAGCAUGAAGAAUAAUUUACUCAGCCUUGGACAACUUUUAGAGAAGGGCUACACCAUGAACAUGCAGCAAAAAUUGAUUGAGAUUUAUGACUCACAGUAG